ACACUUGGCGUGGGGUCUUUCCAUGCCUAGGGCGAAGGCCACUCUGGACCAUGCCCCCCAAAGGGAAAGGGAAACCGAAGGCAGCCAGUAAGGAGGGGAAAGCUGCAGCUGGUGGUGAUAAUGGUGAUAAGAAAGAUAAAGGACCUAAAGGGGGUAAUGCAGUUAAGGUGCGACAUAUUCUCUGUGAAAAACACAGUAAAAUCAUGGAAGCCAUGGAGAAGUUGAAAGCGGGUAUGAAAUUUAAUGAAGUAGCCAGCCAAUACAGUGAAGACAAAGCCAGGCAAGGAGGUGAUCUGGGCUGGAUGACCAGAGGUUCAAUGGUGGGACCCUUCCAGGAAGCUGCUUUUGCCCUCUCCAACAGCACAACAGAUAAACCCAUAUACACAGACCCACCAAUAAAAACGAAAUUUGGUUAUCACAUAAUUAUGGUUGAAGGGAAAAAGUAAAUUGAUUUUUUUUUAAACGUAAAAUCUCUGUAAAAUCUUACAUGUAGUAAGAAAUAGAACUAUGUCUCCUUCUUUACACAUACUAGUUACAGUAUAAAUUAUUUUCACUGCCUGUAUAAAAAAAAAUCAAGAAUGACUCUUGGGUAUAUCCUUUCCCUACAAUAAUGGGUAUGCUCGAGCACCAUUCCUUUUCAUCCAGAGAAAAUCCAGCAAGAGUUUCUGUUGUUUUAAAAGUUUUAUGACGUAAUGUGUCCAAAUAAACAAUUACAAAAUUUUGUGUUGUAAA